ACGCCCGGCGCCGCCGCCGCCGCCCGCCGCCGAGCCCCGCGGGCAGCCCGGCCGCCUGCGCCGCCCGCCGAGCUGCGGGUGCCCGGGCGGGGGACCAUGCCGUGCCGGAGGGAGGAAGACGAGGACGCCGGCGACGAGGCGGAGGGGGAGGAGGAGGACGACGACAGCUUCCUCCUGCUGGAGCAGUCGGUGACGCUGGGCGGCUCGGGCGACGUGGACCGGCUGGUGGCCCGGAUCGGCGAGACGCUGCAGCUGGACGCGGCGCACGACGGCCCGGCGUCCCCCCGCGCGCCCCCGGGGCCUCCGCUGCAGCCCCCGCGGCCCCCGGCGGCGGCGGCGGCGGCGGCGGCGGUGCGGGUGGACAAGGCCCGGCCGGCGGCGCUGCCGUUGCUGCUGCCGCCGCCCGCGCCGGCCGAGGCGGGGGGCCCGGCGGCCGCGGGGGCCUUGCGCUGCGCCCUCGGGGAUCGCGGCCGCGUGCGUGGCCGGGCUGCGCCCUACUUUGUGGCCGAGCUGCCCGCGGGCCCCGGCGCGCUGUCCACCUUGCCCCCGCAGCCCUUUCUGGAAGGGCCUCCGGGAGCCGACAAGUUGGGCGCCCUGCAGCCGCUGUCUGGCCCGUGCCGGCGAGGUUGGCUGCGGGGAGCCGCCGCCGCCUCCCGCCGCCUGCAGCAACGACGCGGACCCCAACCUUCCGAAGCCCGGACCGGCGAGGACGACCCGCACCGGCUCCUGCAGCAGCUCGUGCUCUCGGGGAACCUCAUCAAGGAGGCCGUGCGGAGACUGCACUCGCGACGGCUGCGCUUCCACGCCAAGCUCCCGCAACGCCCGCUGCCCGGGCAGCAGUCGGCGGCGGCGGCGCACGAGCCCGGCGCCGAGCCCCGCAGCCCGCGCGCAGCGUGCGCUAACCCGGGCGCGCCGGGCCGCAGGGCGCAGCUCAAGACUGGCGACGGCGUGCUGGUCCCCGGCAGCUGACACCCCUGGAGGGACCACAGCGGUCCCGCUGCGACCCGCGAACUCGCUUUCGGAA